AAGAAAACCACGGCAGCGGCGCGGGGACGCAACCAAAGCGCCGAUUACCCCGGACACAGCGUUUACCCGCAGCCGACGCAUACAGUGGAUUUACUGAACACCUGCAUGGAGACACUCUGAGGCUUGGCUCCGUUCUUUCUUUUCUUUUUCUGUCGUCUGCCUCUGCUGGGAAACCACUGGCAACUGGAAUGGAAAUGAAUCUGUCAAAGAAUGCGAAUUCUUGUGGGGACGCAGGUGGGAUGAAUUUGGACAGAAUCGCAGAGGCAGUGAGAGCAGCGCCGCCGCCGCCGCCGCCGCCGCCGCCCCGCGACGUGGGCCCCGCGUUUCAUUUACCCAGAGCGUCAAACAGCAGCCGAGAAACGUUACAGAACUCAAGCAGCGAGUCUUCAGACACAGAGUUGGCAGAAAAGGAGAGGAGCGCCGAACAAAGGAGCGAUGACGGGAACGCGGACGACCCCAAGAAGAAGAAGCAGCGGCGGCAGCGGACUCACUUCACCAGCCAGCAGCUGCAGGAGCUGGAGGCCACUUUCCAGAGGAACCGCUACCCGGAUAUGAGCACCAGGGAGGAGAUCGCCGUGUGGACAAACCUCACCGAGGCGAGAGUCCGGGUUUGGUUCAAAAACCGCCGGGCCAAGUGGAGGAAGCGGGAGCGCAACCAGCAGAUGGACCUGUGCAAGAACAGCUACCUGCCGCAGUUCAGCGGCCUCAUGCAGCCCUACGACGACAUGUACCCGGCCUACACCUACAACAACUGGACCAACAAGGGCCUCACCCCGGCGCCGCUGUCCACCAAGAACUUCACCUUCUUCAACUCCAUGAGCCCCCUCACCUCGCAGUCCAUGUUCUCUGCGCCCAACUCCAUCUCCUCCAUGACCAUGGCCUCCAGCAUGGGCCACUCCGCCGUGCCGGGCAUGCCCACCCCGGGCCUGAACAACAUCAGCAACCUGAACGGCAUCGGCACGUCCGGCAUCAACACAGCCAUGUCCUCGUCAGCGUGUCCGUACGGGCCCCCCGGCUCCCCGUACAGCGUUUACCGGGACACUUGCAACUCCAGCCUGGCGACGCUCAGACUCAAAUCCAAACAGCACCCCACGUUCGGAUACAGCGGCCUGCAGAGCCCCGGCUCCAGCCUGAACGCCUGUCAGUACAACAGCUGACGGGCCAGCCCAUGUGAGUCUAGAUACAUAUAUAUAUGUACAUAUAUAUGUGAUGAACGGACACGGUGUCAGAGCUUAUAGAGGCGACCUGCGGCGGAGGGGGAUUCAAAAAAAUCAAAGACAACUGGAUGAGUUGCACUCAUUUCUCACAAAAAAAAAAAAAAAGCAAACAUGGAUUAUGCGGGUUUUGUGUGUUUACCAAUGAACUUGCACAGCAAUUGAAAUGUCCUUUUUUUUAAAUAAUGAAGACGUGUACCAUUGCUGCAUUGUACAUUUCUAAAUGUAAAUAUACAUCCAGCCUAACAUGAAACUGACGAUGGGAUUUAGUUUUUGCGCUUGCUUGCUUUUUGGAGACCGGAUUUGGGGGAUUUCUCGACCAAAAUAAGGAUUUGCAAAAAAAAAAAAAAAUUAAUAUUAAUUAUAAUAAUAAUAAAGUGUCGAGCCUGUCUUGAGUCCAGACUCAGAAAAAAAAAAAAAGAAAUCUUGUCUAUCUUGUAAAUAUUUUAUACCGCUUCUGUGUGCUUUGUAUGUACCGUCUCUGCAGGGUCUGACUCCACGACGCCUCCCGUUCACUUCACUUUACUUUCAAUACUGUUUUUCAUUUUUGUUUGCUUAAAAAUAGAGAAAAGAAGAAAAAACCCCGCAUGUUUUAACUUGACGUGUUUUCUAAUGUAAGACUCUGCAGGAGUGAGUCCAUCAGCCUGAACUGUGUACAAAAAGGUGAUUCUCCCAAGUCCUCAUGUGUUUAUGGUAACAUGUUUGUUUGAAUAAACUCCAGGAAAAGAGA